CGCGCAGCUCCCCGCUCGUAUCUGCGCGCCUCGCUCCUCUCCGACAUGGCAAAAGUAUCCAGCCCUACGGAGACUGAACGAUGCAUCGAGUCUCUGAUUGCUGUUUUCCAAAAGCAUGCUGGAAGGGAUGGUAACAACAGCAAACUCUCCAAGGCCGAGUUCCUAAUCUUCAUGAAUACAGAGCUGGGUGCCUUCACAAAGAACCAGAAGGACCCUGGUGUCCUUGACCGCAUGAUGAAGAGAUUGGACCUCAACUCUGAUGGGCAGCUAGAUUUCCAAGAAUUUCUUAAUCUUAUUGGUGGCCUGGCCAUUGCUUGCCAUGAAUCCUUUAUUAAGUCCGCCUCUGGCCCUAAGUAAACUGGAGGAACCUGUGG